AUGUUCGAUUGCCGUGGGAAGUUGGUGUCUGGGGCGAGAUUUUCGGAGGGCGUGACGAUGUGCUUCGUGAAGCACAGUUUGUAUGCCCUGAGGUGGGAUGAUUGUUGGCCUGAUUUGGAAAUCGUCAAGGCCAUGGCUUCCAUAUCGGAUAAUGAGGGGCGGAAGGAUUCUCUUCUUGAUUGGUUGCAUCCGCGAGCCCCGGCAACUUUGAUCAAGAGAGUCAAUAGCAUCCUGCUUUAUCACAAGGAGGUGGGCUGGGGGCAGGAAGUGGUGCCCUACCGCGAACACUCAGUCUACUGUUACAUGCGGGAUGCCAAGGCGGGCGGGGCGAAGCCUUCGCAGCUUGCGGCUUUGAGGGAAGCUUUGAUCUUUGUACGGUUCGUCUUUGAUGUGCCGAGCUUGGACCCCAUUGUGAAGAGUCGCCGGAUUUUAGGCAUCACCCGGCGUGGAGCUAAGCGAGGGAGGGCAAAGGCCCAUCCAUUGAGGGUUUGUGACUUGGAGGUGUUGCAUACACUUCUUGAGUCUGCUGCUUCGGUGUGGGACAAACUGUUCUCAGGGGCAUGCCUCGCAUGCCUGUACAUGCGUGCUCGUUGGAGCGACUUCCAACACACUUGUGCUUUCAGCAUCGACUACAGUGAGGAGCGUGAGCCUGUGUAUUUGGAGUUCCGUGCAGAGGUAUUUAAGACUAUGAAUGCCAAGUUUUUCGAUGGCGAACCGAUGAUUUGGGUCGCACCUGCCCAGGGUAUCUACAGGCACAACUGGGUGAAACUCUGGAUGCAGGUGGUGGCGCGACUGCCGGUGCGGUCCUGA